AUGAAAGCUUAUCUGAAUGCGGCCAAGCAGAUCAUCGGUCAAUUCGGAACGGUAAAGGUAUCCCAGAUAGCUCGAUCACAAAACAAGCACGCCGACUCCCUUGCCACGUUAGCAUCAUCGGCUACCGAGGACACGCCACGGCUAGUCACGAUAGAACUUAUAAGGGAGCCAAGUAUCAGUGUGAAGAGUAUUCCCGACCAAGCCAGAGUAGAGGUUGCGCAGGUAGCAGUGGCUAAUCCGUGUUGGAUGAACCCGAUCAUAGAUUUCCUUGCCAAGGAUAAAGUUCCAGAGGAUGAAGACGAGGCCAACAAAAUUUGUCGGGUGGCUCCCCAGUACUAG